AUGAAGGUGAUCACCGCCAAUUUCGUGACAUGCGCCGUGAAGGAAUGCAAGACAUCCCCGGCAUCAUUCCCACUACAUUUCCAUGAUGCCGAGCUGGAGCAGCAAGAAUUGGAUUUCCAACCCGAAUUUAUCCGCAACGUGAUUCCCCGAAUUGACUGGGAAGCCCUCCGCGCAACCGCAAACGAGUUGGGGUUCCCAAGUCUUCCGGAUGCAAAGCCAGAGGGCCAGGCGCUCGAGAAUGAACAGACACUGAGAGACCUGCACCGAAUGCUACUUGAGACGCAUGUCUCCGAAGGGAAGUUGGUCUGUGGGAAUUGCAACCACGCAUAUACGAUCAAAGAGGGGAUCGCAAACUUCCUCCUUCCAAGUCACCUAGGUGAGAGAAUUCAUCGGCCUGAGACGCAAUGGGUCACUAAUGCCUCCCAGUUUGAGCAACCCUACAUCUGA